AUGGCUGGCCAAUGCGGUUCUGACACGUACGUGUACAUUUGUACUAAUAUACUUGGUGGAUCAUUUCUGAAUGUAUGGGGAUAUGAUGUUGGCAGUAACAGUUCUGCAAAUGCAUUCAGGUAUCCAAAUGAUGUCUAUGAUCGCAUCUGGGGCCCUUUACUAUUUGACAAUUGGAUUCCAAUUGCCACAAACUCAACCGUUUAUUCUUCGAGCAAUGAUAACCCUUAUAACUUACCAGAUUUAGUUUUGAAGACUGCUGUCAAAACACAUAACGCUAGCACUCCCCUAAGCUUAUACUGGAGUUCACCAGAUUCUCUUUCAAAAUAUUAUGUUUAUUUUCACUUUGUUGAGAUUGAGAAGCUUAGAGCUGGCCAGCAGAGGGAAUUGACAAUUAAUUUGAAUGAUGAACGCAAUCUGAUCGAAUCUGUCAAACUUGAUUAUCUGAACCCAAGAACCAUAGUCCAAAAUUAUCCACCAAUUAGUGGAAAGCAGAUUAGCUUUUCAAUACAGGCAGCUAAGGGAACUAAGCGUCCUCCAUUCCUCAAUGCUCUUGAGUUUUUUCAGUCAAUAGAGCUCCCAAAUAAAACAAGUUCCAUAGAUGAUGUUGAAGCUAUCAUGGACAUCAAGAAAAUGUACAAUGUUACUAGAAACUGGCAAGGCGAUCCAUGUGUCCCAAGUGAAUACUUAUGGGAUGGUUUGAACUGCAAUGACAACCAUCAUCCAAGGAUCAUCUCAUUGAACUUGAGCUCAAGCAAUAUGACAGGGGAGAUUGCAAUUUCAUUCUUCAAUCUCAAAGCAAUGCAGUCCUUGGAUUUGUCAUACAAUGACUUAACCGGGCCUCUGCCAGAAUUUUUGGCACUACUACCGAAUUUGAACACCUUUAAUGUAAAUGGGAACAAGCUCACAGGUUCAGUUCUUGAGGCUCUUCUGCAAAAGUUUAGGGAUGGGAAAUUAAUCUUAAGUGUUGGCGAAAAUCCAGAUCUUUGUAUGUCAGUUCCAUGCAAGAGAAAAAAGAAAAAGGAAUAUGUUAUUCCAAUCAUUGUAUCGUCUAUUGCAGCAGUCCUGGUUCUUCUGUUCAUCUUUAGUGCUCUAGCUAUCUGUAGAAGGAAAAGACAAGGAGUAGAUAUGGUCACCAAAUCCAACAUCAAAUCAAAGAAUCAACAUUAUAGCUACUCAGAGGUUGUGAGCAUAACUAAUAACUUCAAAACCAUCAUUGGAGAAGGAGGAUUUGGAAAAGUGUACCUUGGCAAACUGAGAAAUGAAACUCAAGUUGCUGUUAAGUUGCUCUCUACUUCAUCAAACCAAGGCUAUAAGGAAUUUCGAGCAGAGGCACAACUCGUAAUGAUAGUCCAUCAUAGAAACUUGGUUUCUCUUGUUGGAUACUGUGAUGAGGGUGAAAAGAAGGCACUUAUAUAUGAGUACAUGGCUAAUGGCAAUCUGCACCGGCAUUUAUCAGUGACAAACAGAAAUGUCUUAACUUGGAAUGAGAGACUUCAUAUUGCAGUGGAUGCAGAACAUGGUUUGUAAACAAAUCAAUUACAUGAUUAUUCAUCUUCAAUAUUGUUGUAUUUCAGUUAUAAAUAUAUUAAAAAUAAGUUACCAAUGGUAUAUUGGUGGAGUUGCAAGGUUGGAAUAUCUACAUAAUAGUUGCAAGCCACCUAUAAUCCAUAGAGAUUUGAAACCUUCCAACAUUUUAUUAAAUGAACACAUGCAAGCCAAGAUAGCUGAUUUUGGUUUGUCUAGAGCCUUCACAAUGGAAAAUGACUCUCAUGUGUCAACUCGCCCAGCUGGCACGUUGGGAUACGUUGAUCCUGCAUAAGUUUUGAGACCUAUUGAUUUGAAAUUCAUAUAUAUAAUUGGAGUUAAGGGUGAAUUUAAGUGUCAUGUAUAUAUGUUCUAGUGGAAUCUGCAACACACUAAGCCUGUUAUCAUAAAAUUUUCCACUAAUUAAAAAUAUUUUCUGCCUUUAAAGAUCAAACAUUGAUUUCCAAGUACCCAAUGCAUCCAAACACUAUAAAAUUCACAAAUUUCAAUUAAUUGAACAAAAUUUCAAAACUUUGCAGUUUUUACAAGUACAUAGUUUUAUAAUUUUGAUGCCCAGCUCACUUUCUUCACCGAUAGGAGUUAUAUAAAGCAUCAGGGUACUAUAAUAAUUUUGAUGCACAACUCCCUUUCUUCACCAAUGGGAGUGUUAUAUAGAGCAUUAGGAUGCUUAUUUAAGGUCCAAGCAAUCAAUCAUUUACUCACUAAGUGCAACUACGAUAGGAUAUAAUGAAAGUAAUAGCUAGCAGAAUUAAAUCAACCUAUGAGUUUCUUGUAUUUAUCUAUCCACAUAUGUUUUACAUGCAGAUUUCAAGCAUCUGGAAACUUUAAUAAGAAAAGCAAUGUCUAUAGCCUUGGGAUUAUUUUGUUUGAGCUAAUUACAAGCCGCACUGCAAUAGUAAGAGGCCCUAUGAAAAACAAUCACAUACUUGACUGGGUUAAUCCUUUGAUUGAAAGGGGUGAUGUUCAAAACAUUGUUGAUCCAAGAUUAGAAAGAGAAUUCAACACCAGUUUUGCCUAGAAAGAAAUAGAGAUAGCAAUGUCAUGCAUACCAUCAUAUGCUAUACAAAGGCUAGACAUGAUUCAUGUGUUGGCAGAACUUAAGGAAUGUUUGGCUCUAGAGAUGGCUCAUGAAAGAACUCAAAGGAUGGCAAUUGAGGGUAAUUUAACAACUUCAAACAUUCCGUUCAAAAUGACCCAUUUGGAGUAUGAAUCAAAUAUUGUGCCUCAUAGUAGGUAGAUUUUUUUUUUUUGUUGGGGGGGGGGGGGGGAUAUUUGGUAGUUUGGGGAGGGGGCAUUAGAACCUAGACAUCUUCACUAGAAAGCGUCAAUUGAGCUAUAAGGCUUAUGGCCCCAUCUUAGGUAGUUAUCAAACAAAGAUUAGAAGUCAAGUGUUCUUUGUAUGCAAUAUGAUAAGUUUGCGAAUGUAGAGAGAAAUAUCAUAGAUUGAAUGUACCUUUGCUUUUAGAAGUUUUUAUCCUCGGCAAGCUUAUUUUUAAGUUCUCUAUUAAUAUAAAACUAGCAUUAUUCAAAUCAAGUUCUUGUUCAAGUUUCCUAUUGUGGAUCAUUUCAUUCUUAGUUCAUACAAAUUAGUUGUAAGGCCAGAAACUUGAUUCUUUGUGAGUUAUCUUUGAGAAUCCAUCUUUUUGACACCCAUAUUAACUAUCAAUUUAUAAUUUUUUUUAUAUAUAAAAAAGUAGAGACUUGAACAUUGUCUCAUUGAUUGAUCAAGCAAAAAUAUACUCUGAAUAAUAAUUUGGGUGAAUUCCAUGGCUUCUUCCCUUCAAAUUCAUUGCCCCUAUGGGCCUAUGCCUUAAGCUGCCUAACAAUCUUCUUUGCUAAAGUCAUUUCUUAUAAUAAUUAUUCAGUUUCUCAAGAGUAAAAAAUAUGGUAUUUACCUUCUCUCUACAAAGAAUCUAAAUUUAUGAAGAAAUCUAGUUUUCUAUUAAUAUUUACAAUUGAGAGAAUGAAUCUUUACAGUCUAGGGGUAUACAUGGGUUAGGUCAAAUCGGGUUUAGGCAGUGGUGGCUCUAGGAAUUUUUCUCAAGGUGGUCAUUAAAAAACUUAAAUUAAACAAAAUUUAAUAAAAUAAAAUUUGAAUAUAUUGAUAUCACAAAAAAAAGUGCAAAUACAUAGAUCUUUAAAAUUCUAUUCUACGAGUUUCAUAUUUUGAAAUUGAUGUAUGAUAGUUUCGUUAUCAAUUCUAUCAACUAUAUCAUUUUCAAUGUAUACAACUAAACAAUCAUUAAACUACUAAUAUCCCAUCUAAUUACGAACAUCUCGCCUAAUAAGUAACAAUAUAAACAAAAGACAUCAUCUUUUUUUUUAUGAUCUAUUCCAACCAAUUUUUGUAUUCUUUAAACUAAUUAAUAUUAAAUCAACACAAUGCUCCAUUAAUUUCUUUUUUAGGGAAAUCAUGGCCAAGAAGUUGACAAAAACCUCUUUGUAAAUAUGCUCUUCUUAUUUCAACCUAAUCAAUAGGAUGAAAAGAUGAGACAUUUUCUCAUAGCCUAUGAUAUGAAAGAAAAUUAUUAAAGUUAAUACAGUUUUGCUUAGAAUAUUAAUCUUACAAUGCAAGUGAUUUCUUUAUAAGAAAUUUAUUCAUAGUGCAAAAUAAUAAAGGGUAAACUAUAAGUUCAUUCAAUAUAUUCAAUUUAGGCAUUCAACUGUUAUAUUAAUCAUAUUCAAUAAAGUAUUCAGGCAUUACUUAAUUUAGUGCAUAUGCAUAUGUACAAAAUAUAUCACAUAAAUCCAAUAGAUUCAACUAGACUAAAAUAAACACCAAUAGAAUAGCCAUUUGAAAAGGUGUGUCUUUUGAGAAUACAAUUUAAAUACCACAAUCAAACAUUUGAUUUGGGUUUUUAGGCUAAAUUGUAUUUGUUUGGGAAAUUUUUGAAAAGUGUUA